AUGUGGUCACAGCGAGUUGAUCCAGUCGCACAUGAGCAGCUUCUCUUUUACUUUCUUCCUCCCGAGGCGCUCACCACCGUCUGGGAACAGAUUCUCGAGGUGACCCGACGCCCAGGCUUCCAUCAGUUCCAGGACCUGAAGAUCCUGAUCAAGGGGAAGAACCUGAAGACCCUGACCAAGGCGCAUACAUUGGCUGAUCUGAUCGAGGGCUUCCAACAGCACUGGCAGAAUGCCAUCCACAAGACCUAUCUCUCAGAGCCGUUCUUCUAUGAUAUUGGAAAGGAAACAUGCCCGACGGCUGUAUUCGAGCCCUCUGAGAGCCAGCCACAGACGUUGCUCUGGCGGCAAUGCUGCCUAGAUGCCUAUAGCUACAUGCUUGAGGAUACAGGCAGCCUCACCUUGGAAACCAGGCGAUCAUCGCCGCACUGGCAAGCUGGUCUUUUCUACAGCCAAUUCUACGCCAGCGUGAAAGAGGUCUUUACCGCAGGCAAUAUCUAUCCUUUUACCAACUCCAGGUUGGAGACCCUGGCGCUCAAUCCAAAGCUCCGAAAGACCUGGCAAACUGUCGGGGGCGGUCUGAGCCACAAUCCCAUUGCUCUGAAUCGCGCCUACCUGACCACGAAGCAACGGUGUCAUUCCGCCCUUCAAGGCUCAAUCCAGAAGGUCUUUAGCCUGCGGGAAGAGCACCGCGUGUCUCAGACGCUAUUUGAUCAAAUCAUGCGAGAAUUCCAGGACCGGGGACAGUUCACAACCCCAUUUCCAAGCAUUCCUGAUUCCGCAGAGAGUUUCUAUGCCCUUCCAACCUCUACGCUCCUUCAAUGCCUCAAUGACUGGCAUUUUAUGACCUGGGAACAUACGCAGAUAAUGUUGAUGUUCCUUCGCUGUCUCCCAUUCUCUUACUUGGGGGGUCUUCUCAAGCAGCCCGACGGCCUUCGCCGCUGCGAGGGGCUAGGGUUUCAGCGGAAUAUGCAGCAAUCCAGAUACGGCUGGUUUCUCGACAAGAUCGACUGGGAGAUGAUGGUGUUCCACCAGCCCGCCGCGCAGUACAUACAAUUUAAUAAUCCCUCGCUGCAAGCCGCGUAUCACGCCCGCUACUCCCAAGUUCAGGAUGUCCGAGUGGACUUUAUUCAGAUCAGCCAGAUCCAUCAGUGGAUGACCGAGUUCAGCAGUAUUCUAACUUGUCAAGAAUAUCUUCAGAAAUAUCUUCAUCGGCUCUGUUUACGCGCCUUCCGCAAGGAUGUCUUUGCUCAGAUUAAGCCACUUCUGAAUAAGGAGUUAGCUACCGCCGCACUGGCGGGUGAGGUCCCGCUGUGCUGGCCCAGUCUAGAAAACGCGCUUCAGGCCCGAUUCCGGCCUCCACUCGAUCAUUAG